AUGGGAACACAUGGGUCUCUCUCUCUCUCUCUUUCAAAUAUAUCUAUCUAUCUAUCUAUCUAUCUAUCUAUCUAUCUAUCUAUCUAUCUAUAUAUAUAUAUAUAUAUAUAUAUGAAUACAAAUUUUCAUGUUCCUUUUUUAUCUUUCUUUCAAAUAUGUCCACUUUUAUCAUUUGUUUUUACUUCUUGUCAUGUUUGCAAAACCAAAAGCAAAUGUGAAUUACUCAUUUCUUCCCCCCACCUUCUGUUUUUCUUUUCUUUUCUCCACUUGACCAUCUUUGAUGAUACAAAGAAUAUUUUUCUUAUCUCUUUUUUGCAACAUCUUUUAUUUUAUCUCAUAGUUUUUGAUAAAACUGUUUUUGUUCUUUUUUCUUCUUUAUCAUCAUCCUCAGUAAAAUUGUUUGCCUUUCUCUUUCUCCCAGAUAUAGAUUACAACAUUGAUUCGUAUGUCUUUUAUUUUUCUGUGCACGACGUCACCUCUCUUAAAUGUCUCCUGCCUUCAUUUAACACUUUGACAUUUUUUCUUCUUUGCUUUUAUUCUCUGCUUUUCUUUUUUUAUUUAAUAAUACCAUUUUUUUUUCUCUUGAUUCCUUCCUUUGUCACUUUUUAUACGUUAUUUAUUCUUUUCUUCUAUCCUCUCUCUUUUUUGUUCUCAUUCUUUUUUUUAUUUUGUUUUUCUCUACCUUCCUUUUGUCUUUCUAUGUCUCUCUCCCUUUUGUCGCUCUAUGUCUCUCUCCAUUUUGUCAUUCUAUAUCUCUCUCUCUCCCUUUUGUCUUUCUAUGGGUCUCUCUCCCUUUUGUUUUUCUUUGCCUUUCUCCCUUUUUGUCUUUCUUUACCUUUCUCCCUUUUGUCUUUCUUUACCGUUCUCCCUUUUGUCUUUCUUUGCCUACCACCCCUUUGUCGUUCUAUGUCUCUCACUCUUUUGUCUUUCUUACCUUUCUCCCUUUUUUCUUUAUAUGUCUCUCUCCCUUUUGUCUUUCUUUACAUUUCUCCCUUUUGUUUUUCUAUGUCUCUCUCCCUUUUGUCUUUCCUUACAUUUCUCCCUUUUGCCUUUAUUUGCCUACCACCCUUUUGUCUUUCUAUGUCUCUCUCUCCACCUUUGUCUUUCUAUCUCUCUCUCCCUUUUGUCUUUCUUUACCUUUCUCCCUUUUGUCUUUCUUUACCUUUCUCCCUUUUGUCUUUCUAUGUCUCUCUCUCCACCUUUUGUCUUUCUAUCUCUCUCUCCCUUUUGUCUUUCUUUUACCUUUCUCCCUUUUUUUUUUCUUUUACCUUUCUCCUUUUUGUCUUUCUAUGUCUCUCUCUCCACCUUUGUCUUUCUAUCUCUCUCUCCCUUUUGUCUUUCUUUACCUUUCUCCCUUUGUCUUUUUUUACCUAUCUCCCUUUUGUCUUUCUUUUUUUACCUUUCUCCCUUUUGUCUUUCUAUGUCUCUCUCUCCACCUUUGUCUUUCUAUCUCUCUCUCCCUUUUGUCUUUCUUUACCUUUCUCCCUUUUGUCUUUCUUUACCUUUCUCCCUUUUGUCUUUCUAUGUCUCUCUCUCCACCUUUGUCUUUCUAUCUCUCUCUCCCUUUUGUCUUUCUUUACCUUUCUCCCUUUUGUCUUUCUUUACCUUUCUCCCUUUUGUCUUUCUUUACCUUUCUCCCUUUUGUCUUUCUAUGUCUCUCUCUCCACCUUUGUCUUUCUAUCUCUCUCUCCUUUUUUGUCUUUCUUUUACCUUUCUCCCUUUUGUCUUUCUUUUACCUUUCUCCCUUUUGUCUUUCUAUGUCUCUCUCCCCCCACCUUUGUCUUUCUAUCUCUCUCUCCCUUUUGUCUUUCUUUUUUACUUUCUCCCUUUUGUCUUUCUUUUUACUUUCUCCCUUUUGUCUUUCUAUGUCUCUCUCUCCACCUUUGUCUUUCUAUCUCUCUCUCCUUUUGUCUUUCUUUUUACCUUUCUCCUUUUGUCUUUCUUUUUUUACCUUUCUCCCUUUUGUCUUUCUAUGUCUCUCUCUCCACCUUUGUCUUUCUAUCUCUCUCUCCCUUUUGUCUUUCUUUACCUUUCUCCCUUUUGUCUUUCUUUACCUAUCUCCCUUUUGUCUUUCUUUACCUUUCUCCCUUUUGUCUUUCUAUGUCUCUCUCUCCACCUUUGUCUUUCUAUCUCUCUCUCCCUUUUGUCUUUCUUUACCUUUCUCCCUUUUGUCUUUCUUUACCUUUCUCCCUUUUGUCUUUCUAUGUCUCUCUCUCUCCACCUUUGUCUUUCUAUCUCUCUCUCCUUUUUGUCUUUCUUUUUUUACCUUUCUCCCUUUUGUCUUUUUUUUUACCUUUCUCCUUUUUGUCUUUCUUUUUACCUUUCUCCUUUUUGUCUUUCUAUGUCUCUCUCUCCACCUUUGUCUUUCUAUCUCUCUCUCCCUUUUGUCUUUCUUUACCUUUCUCCCUUUUGUCUUUCUUUACCUUUCUCCCUUUUGUCUUUCUAUGUCUCUCUCUCCACCUUUGUCUUUCUAUGUCUCUCUCUCCCUUUUGUCUUUCUUUACCUUUCUCCCUUUUGUCUUUCUUUACCUUUCUCCCUUUUGUCUUUCUUUACCUUUCUCCCUUUUGUCUUUCUAUGUCUCUCUCCCUUUUGUCUUUCUUUACAUUUCUCACUUUUGUCUUUCUAUCUCUCUCUCCCUUUUGUCUUUCUUUACCUUUCUCCCUUUUGUCUUUCUUUUACCUUUCUCCCUUUUGUCUUUCUAUGUCUCUCUCUCUCCACCUUUGUCUUUCUAUCUCUCUCUCCCUUUUGUCUUUCUUUACCUUUCUCUCUUUUGUCUUUCUUUACCUUUCUCCCUUUUUUGUCUUUCUAUGUCUCUCUCUCCACCUUUGUCUUUCUAUCUCUCUCUCCUUUGUCUUUUCUUUUACAUUUCUCCCUUUUGUCUUUUCUUUUUUACCUUUCUCCCUUUUGUCUUUCUAUGUCUCUCUCUCCACCUUUGUCUUUCUAUCUCUCUCCCUUUUGUCUUUCUUUACCUUUCUCCCUUUUGUCUUUCUUUACAUUUCUCCCUUUUGUCUUUCUAUGUCUCUCUCCCUUUUGUCUUUCUUUACCUUUCUCCCUUUUGUCUUUCUAUCUCUCUCUCCCUUUUGUCUUUCUUUACCUUUCUCCCUUUUGUCUUUCCUUACCUUUCUCCCUUUUGUCUUUCUAUGUCUCUCUCCCUUUUGUCUUUCUUUACAUUUCUCCCUUUUGUCUUUCUAUCUCUCUCUCCCUUUUGUCUUUCUUUACCUUUCUCCCUUUUGUCUUUCCUUACCUUUCUCCCUUUUGUUUUUCUAUGUCUCUCUCCCUUUUGUCUUUCCUUACAUUUCUCCCUUUUGUCUUUAUUUGCCUACCACCCUUUUGUCUUUCUAUCUCUCUCUCCCUUUUGUCUUUCUUUACCUUUCUCCCUUUUGUCUUUCCUUACCUUUCUCCCUUUUGUUUUUCUAUGUCUCUCUCCCUUUUGUCUUUCCUUACAUUUCUCCCUUUUGCCUUUAUUUGCCUACCACCCUUUUGUCUUUCUAUGUCUCUCUCCCCCUUUGUAUUUCUAUCUCUCUCUCCCUUUUAUCUUUCCUUACCUUUCUCACUUUUGUCUUUCUAUAUCUAUCUCCCUUUUGUUAUUCUAUGUCUCUCUCCCUUUUGUCUUUCCUUACCUUUCUCCCUUAUGUCCUUUUUGACUACUGCUUCAAUUUUGUCUGCUGCCUCCCUUUUUGUCUUUUUCAUCUAUCACCCCUUUGGUUUUUCUGCCCUCCUUUUUUCUUUAUAUGCCAUUUUCUUUAUUUUUUCUUUUUACUGUUUUCUUUCUUUCAUUUUUCUUUCUCUCUUUUCUUUUUGUUCCCAAUUUUCUUUUUCUUUCACUCUCUUUUCUCUUUAUUCAGUUUGACCCUUUUUUCUUCCUUUUGCUUUUUCUUUCUUUCUCUUUUGCUUUUUCUUUCUUUCCUUUUUGCCUUUUCUCUCUUUCUCUUUGCUUUUUCUUUCUUUCACUUUUUGCUUUUUCUUUAUUUCCAUUUUGCUUUUUCUUUCUUCACUUUUGCUUUUUCUUUUUUCUUUUUGCUUUUCCUUUCUUUCCCUAUUGCUUUUUCUUUCUUUCACUUUUGCUUUUUCUUUAUUUCCUUCUGCUUUUUUCUUUCCCUUUUGCUUUCUUUCCCUUUCUUUCCUUUUUUUCUUUCACUGUCUUUUUUAUUUAUCCUGUUCCUUCUUUUCUUUCUUUCUUUCUUUCUUUCUUUCUUUCUUUUUUUCUUUCUUUCUUUCUAG